UGAAUCAGUUGGAUUUCAGAACAUCGGACGGGCGGGCGUGUAUAGAAUGGAUCGUUAACCACAUCAGCAGUUUUUUUUUAAUUCCGCCUUCUAGCAGUGUUUGUUUAUACCUUUCGGCACACUAUCCGCAAAUCCUUCUCGAUCGUGGUGCUUUAAAUUUAUUUAUCUUUGCAUUUAAUUUACUGUCGUCCCGAUUUCACAUCGAGAAGGCGGCCGCACCAAGUUUGAAAGCGGCUUUUCAAGAGUAGUAUACCUACUCGUUAUUUUUCAAUAUCGCUGUGUCAACGCAUCAGGCAGCCAUCAGGAUGGUGAAGAAAAUUUCAGAAGAGAGUGUAGAUAGCGGCGUAGGCCGUUGCAGCAGUCAGUCAUCGAGCGAGCGAGAAUCCGACGAGAGUCCGAGAAGCUCGGAGCCGUCGGCGCCCGUUCCCAUACCUGACAACGAGGACCUGCAGCGGCGCAAGGAGGAGGCGCGAAGGAAGCGCCGGAGGAAGAAGCGCUCUGGGAGCUCGGUGGUCACAUCGUGUUUCCAAGACCUGUACAAGCUCACGGGCGAAGUAUUGGGCGAGGGUGCGUACGCCUCGGUGCAGGCAUGCGUGAACAUCUACACUGGGCAGGAGUUCGCCGUGAAGAUCAUCGACAAAGUGCCGGGGCACGCCCGCGCCCGGGUGUUCCGCGAGGUGGAGACCUUCCACUACUGCCAGGGACACCCAAACAUAAUCCAGCUCAUUGAAUUCUUUGAGGACACAGACAAGUUUUACCUUGUCUUUGAGAAGAUCAACGGUGGGCAGCUCCUAUCCCGCAUCCAAGAGCACCACUACUUCUCCGAGCCGCAGGCGGCCGAGAUCGUGCGCGAGAUCGCGAACGCCCUGCACUUCCUGCACGGCAAGGGCGUGGCGCACCGCGACCUCAAGCCGGAGAACAUACUGUGUGUGCACACCGACCGGCUGUGCCCCGUCAAGAUCUGCGACUUUGAUCUUGGUAGCGGCAUCAGCUUCACGUCCAGCCUCGCGGGGCCGCUGGCCACGCCGCAGCUCAUGACACCGGUGGGCAGCGCGGAAUUCAUGGCCCCAGAGGUGGUGUCUUUGUUCGCGGGCUCGGCGGCGACGCACUACGACAAGCGCUGCGACCUGUGGUCGCUCGGCGUGAUCGCGUACAUCCUGCUGUGCGGCUACCCGCCGUUCCGCGCGGACUGCGGCGCCGACUGCGGCUGGGAGCGCGGCGAGAACUGCCGCGCUUGUCAGGACCUCCUCUUCACUUCCAUACAGGAGGGGAGGUACACGUUUCCCGAGGAGGAGUGGGCGCACAUCAGCGACGACGCCAAGGACCUGAUCCGCCAGCUGCUGGUGCGCGAGGCGCGGCGGCGGCUCAGCGCCGAGCGCGUGCUGCAGCACCCCUGGCUGCGCCGCGCCAGGGCCGACCACGACGCAGACCAUUAUCCGCCGCUGCAGACGCCUAUUAAUAUUAAGCGCAACAUGUCGGCGCGCAACCUGUCCAACUUCGCGGAGUCGGCGAUGGCGGUGAACCGCGUGAUCCAGCAGCACUUCUCCAUGAACUACUCGUACCUGGAGCCGGCGGCGCCGCUGCGCUCCAGCAAGUCGUGCCAGCCGGCGCCGGCGCCGCUGCCCGCGCCCGCGCGCACGUGCCGCGCGCCGCUCGGCCUGUCCCCGCCCGCCGACAGCACGCUGCUGCGCCGCCGCCUGCAGGCCGCGCUGGCGCACUAGCACACCCGCACCCGCACCCGGUGUCCGAGGAGCGCCAGCGCCGUGCCCGGCUCUACCGUGCGAUCCCUGCUAGCGCCAGCAAAAAAAAAAACAAAAACGAUUGCGAACGCAGACCUGUCACGGUCGCUAGAAACCGACGCGAGCUCGAAAAACACUUCCGAAUGGAAAACCUGCGGUCGCUAGCAGUGAUCGCGUUAAGUUGAUAAUCAAAACUCGUUAACUCUUUUAACGGUAGAUAAUUAGAUCCUGAAAUAUCUUUGUUUCGAGUUGAUUUUGUGAGGCUGAUCCUAAUGUAGAUGUCGUACUUGAAUCGUGAGAUUGAGGAAUUUUAAAUUACUGGAUCUUAUGAUUGCACUGUAAGAGAUUAAACGAGUUUUGAUUGUUACCAGCGAAGAAUAUAACCACCGAUCUGUUCAAGAUUGUAUUCGCAUAAUAAGUUACUACAGAUUGAUAGUGGCACUCUUCCUAUUUCGCUGGUUAGUUUAGAGUCUAGACGUUUUGAUUUUCUGUAAAACGGCUGCGAUACGUUAAUAUUAUUCGUAGUUAUCGCUUGUAGGCCACAUAUUUAUUGAAUUCCUUUCAGUUUUUAUGUAGGCGAAUUUUUUAAAACAAAUUUUAUCAACGUUUCGUCAGCCGUAUUAGACACAGAAUAAUGAUUACGUAGCAUUUUGUCACUUAAUUUUAGAAUUCUCUGUCUAAUUUUGAGCAUGAAAAAAAUGUACGUAAAUGAUACAUCGGCGUCUAGUUAUUCAUGAAUGUUGUGAACUUGGCACGGCGCUCGCCCCAGCGUAGCUGUAGAGCGGACGGCGCUCGGGCGUCAGACACUCUGUGCCAACGGAUAUUCUCCAGUGAUACGUCCGAUCGCAACCACGUGAACGGUACUUAUAGAGCUGUAAACAGUUUUAUUUGAGCCUUUUAAAGAUAUAUUUUUAUGAAUAAAUAAAAACGACUGAAUAGUUUUUAUCGAUAGAGUAUUGUGAGUUUAUGUUGGCGGUGCGGAGGCCCGCUCGGACCCCGCGCGGUCUUUAAACGACGUAUUAAUAUUGAGAUAGUUAUCCCGUUCUACUAAAUAUCGACGCAGAUUUAAUAUUAUUAUGUUUGGAUUUAUAAAAUCCGUCAAUUGAAAUUUUGAGCUUACUUGUGUAAUUAUUUUCGAGGCCUAUCCUUUGCAAUAUUGUAAAAUAUUCUAUUUUCGAAGGAGUUGUUCGGAAACUAGUCUGUUAUGUGAUUGUUUUUUUGCAUUUUACCAACGAUGGAAAACCCACAUCUCAUUAAUUAAGAAUGAAUCGACCCUUUUGUAUAAGAAGUUGAAGGCAAUAUGUGACAUUUAGCUACGAACGCAAGAAUGCUGUCGCUCGAUUGUUGUGAGAAUGAAUCAAAUUCGCUUUGUAAUAAAAUAGUGUUAAUAAAUUGUAAUAGCAUUUGUGAGCCGAUUGUUUGAAAUGUCAUAUAUUUCUGGAGCUGUGGUACGUUAAGUGCAUGGAGUUCCAUGGGACUGCCAUAUGAACAUGUGAUCAGUUUGAAUACUUUUAUAUUGCUGAGCGAGAGAAGUGUUGAAGUAGUGUUAAGUGUAGACCUGCUAGACUGUGUCCUGCGUCCUUGAUUGGAAAAAGAAAUAAACAUACAAAUACCAUCCUCACCUACAUUUGGAUUCUUUUUAUGAUUUAUUUAAAUACAAUUUAAUUUACAUUUAAAACAUACUAUUUUAUUAUGUGGCUUUAUCCAAUGAAACCUGAACUUACGCAGAUUCUUGUUAAAAAUUUGUUUUCGACUAAAUCAUUGAUUUGAAAUGUCAUUGAAUACAGAUGUUUGAAUUUUGAAA